AUGACAGCAAGCAAUAAUAGUGGUUUGGUGAAUAAUUUGAAGAAAGCUGGAAUAUUUCAGUCUGAACGGGUUGAGAAUGCUAUGAAAUCGGUUGACAGAGGAAAAUAUGUGAAUUACGAUCCGUAUCGCGAUUCACCUCAACAAAUAGGCUAUGGAGCUACUAUUUCUGCGCCUCAUAUGCAUGCACACGCUUUGGAAAACUUGGCACCUUUUUUGCAACCUGGUAUGAAAGUGUUAGACGUUGGAUGCGGUUCUGGAUAUUUAACUGCUUGCCUGGCAGAGAUGGUUGGACCAGAAGGCAAAGUCGUCGGUAUAGACCAUAUUCCUCAACUCGUGAAAUUGGCUACAGAUAAUGUAAUGAAUGAUCGACCGGAACUUUUGGAAUCCAAAAGAGUGAUAUUUGUACUUGGAGAUGGCAGAAAAGGAUAUCCAGAAGAGGCGCCUUAUGAUUGCAUCCAUGUUGGAGCUGCCGCAGAAAAGAUGCCUCAAGAUUUGAUUGAUCAACUAAAAUCACCCGGACGGAUAUUUAUUCCAGUGGGAAGUAAUAGCCAAUAUAUUUAUCAAAUUGACAAGGAUAAUGAUGGAAAUGUUACAAAAAAAUCUUUAAUGGGUGUCAUGUAUGUUCCACUUACUGACGCUCAGAAACAGUUAAGAGGAGA